GGACCUGGACUUUCCGGGACACCAGGAGUUCCACCACCUCCUCCUCCACCACCUCCACUUCCAGGUGGUGCUGUUCCUCCUCCUCCUCCGCCACCUCCUCCUCCACCGCUUCCUGGUGGAAUUCCUCCUCCUCCUCCCCCUCCUUUACCUGGAGGAGCUGUACCACCAGCACCUCCUUUAUUCGGGGGACCUCCUCCUCCACCACCUCUGGGUGGUAUUCCUCCUCCUCCUGGAGUACCUGCUUCCCUACCUUUUGGAAUGAAGCAAAAAAAAUUAUACAAACCGGAAGUGUCCAUGAAAAGAAUCAAUUGGUCCAAGAUUGAACCACAGGAAAUAUCUGAGAACUGCUUCUGGUUAAAAGUGAAGGAAGACAAGUUUGAAAAUCCAGAUCUCUUUGCAAAAUUGGCACUCACUUUUGCUACACAAAUGAAAG